CCUGAAACAAUAAGUAGGGGUAUUUGUUGGAACAAACUUGAUCAAUUCCAAUAAAUCGAAUUAUCGAAUACACAGAAUACUCUCUCUCUCUCUCGCUAGAUCUCACGCUUUCUUAUGGCGACCUGCUUUGCUCCUUUGUCUAUCUCAGGCGGAUCUCAACUCAAUGCGCGUGAGCUUUGGUCCACAAAACCCAAUGCAUUUCGGAAAACCCCGAAACUGAUAAUAAAAAAGAAAUCGAACCAAGCGGGAAGUAAUGGAAGGCUAUCUGUUCGUGCUGAGUACCGUGAUGGUAGCGGAAGUGGUGCGGGUGAUUUUGUUGCUGGUUUUCUUCUAGGUGGUGCUGUAUUUGGAACUCUAGCUUAUAUUUUCGCUCCUCAGAUAAGAAGAUCCUUGCUGAAUGAAGAUGAAUAUGGGUUCCAAAAGGCCAGGAGACCGUAUUAUUAUGACAAAGGUUUGGAGACGCGGCAGACCUUGAAUGCAAAGAUAAGCCAACUCAAUUCAGCCAUUGAUAAUGUAUCUUCACGUUUAAGGGGUAACAAUAAUGUCCCUUCGGUGCCAGUUGAAACUGAUCCUGAAGUGGAAGCUACCGUGUGAGAUUUGUUUCCAUUUACCAAAUUAUGGUCUUUGAAUCAAAGGUACUUGGAUAAUAGAUUUUAAAUCUCAACUAUCGCAUAUAUGUUCGGAGUUAGAUAUCUAAGUUUUUUGGGUUCUUCCCCCUUUUUUUGAAUGGAGGUUGUUUGUGGACUUUUAAUAUCUAAAUUUUGUUCUUACGAACAAAAAAAAAAUCUAAAUUGUUCUUUUUGGGUUAAA